UCCCUCUCCUCCGUGCGCUGCCGCCCGGCGUCCUCCCGGAAAUUCUUGGCUUUCUCUUCCGGGAACCCUCUCCGGGGCUGGCGGCGGAUCCUCACUUCUUUUACCUAAGUUAAGUGAUGGAAUCAUACAGUAAAGAAAAAAAAUCAUCCUUGGGUCUUUGGUGUUCAUGUUUGUGUGAAAGAAUCUAGGAUGUUCCAAGAAAAGGCAUCAGCGAAUUGCUUAAAUAUAGUAAAAACAUCUACUGAAGAUGAUGCUUUCCAAAAACAAGGCCAUAGUGCUCGAGUCCUUAGCCCAGAAGAAGCUGAAAAACUGGCAAAAGAUCAGGUUUUGGUGUCGGAGUUCAAACAACUAAAACUGGAGAAAGAGGCACAGAAGAAUUGGGAUCUAUUUUACAAAAGAAACAGCACCAACUUCUUCAAAGACAGACAUUGGACAACCAGAGAAUUUCAAGAGUUAAAGGCAUGUCGUGAGUUCACAGAUCAAAAACUGACCAUUCUGGAAGCAGGCUGUGGGGUUGGGAACUGCUUGUUUCCACUCUUAGAAGAAGAUAUGAAUAUUUUUGCAUAUGCCUGUGAUUUCUCUCCUAGAGCUGUUGAGUAUGUGAAGAAAAAUGCCUUAUAUAGUACUGAAAGAUGUAAAGUGUUCCAGUGUGAUCUUACCAAAGAUGAUCUUCUAGACAGUAUACCAGCAGAUUCUGUGGAUGUUGUCACACUUAUAUUUGUGCUUUCUGCCAUUCAUCCUGACAAAAUGCAUCUUGUCCUGAGGAACAUUUACAAGGUAUUAAAACCAGGCAAGUGUGUCCUGUUCCGAGACUAUGGCCUGUAUGAUCAUGCAAUGCUCAGGUUUAAAUCAGGCAGCAAACUUGGGGAAAACUUUUAUGUCAGACAAGAUGGGACAAGAUCGUAUUUUUUUACUGAAGAGUUCUUAUCUCAGCUUUUCAAGGCUGAGGGAUAUGAGCAAGUGGUCAAUGAGUAUGUGCAUCGAGAAACUGUGAAUAGGAAAGAAGACUUGUGUGUUCCAAGAGUGUUUCUUCAAAGCAAAUUUCAAAAGCCUUUCAGUGAGACAUAAGUUCUUGCUGAUUAGCAACAAUAUUGCUUCUUUGAAAUGGAAGCUAGCACAUAAGCUGUGUGCUCAUCUUUCUGGUGAACCAAAAAUAUUGGCAUCCAGUACCUCUUGUUGGUCUCCAUGCUAGGAUACAAUAUACGAAUGCUAGCUCUAAUUCAAUUUUAAGAUGGUUUAGUGAUGCAGGCAACCUGUUGAGCAUCUGUAUUCCUGCUUCUAAAAUAAAACCUGUGCAACAUUGUUAGAGGAUCAGGUAAAGCAUACAAAUAAAUUUCAAUUUUUAUUAAAAACUAUUUUUAAAUAAG